AUGGCUCCCCCACUUUUUACCUUCCCCGAAGGCCGAAUCCUCCACGCCAGUUGCCAACAAGCAAGCAGCAAGGAGAAUAUUGUCAUUUCGCAUUAACCAAAAUGACACGUGUAAUGUCCAUUUAUGUAAUUAAGUUACAAAGCCACGGUUAGUUUCCAAACCACUAUCAUCUAGUACCUACGUGUCUCCUAUAAAUGUUAGAAUUAGCUACGUCUUUACCGGAAACAACUCAUUAGGUAUCCCAUUUUCAUCUCUCAAUUCACCCUUUAAACUGCUCUUUCCGGCACCCACGAUGGCCUCUCGCUACGAAUUGGAACUCAAAAUUCAGUCCGCUAAAGAUCUCAAGAACAUCAACUGGAAGUACGGCACUCUCAAGCCCUACGCCGUCGUUUGGAUCGAUCCCAAGCAAAAAUCGUCUACAAAGGUCGACAAUCAAGGCGAUACAUCGCCCUUUUGGGAUGAAACGCUCGUCAUUCCCUUCUUCUCAUCGAUCGAGGAUUCCACGCUCCAUAUCGACGUCGUUCAUGUCGUCGGCGCUGAUGAAGACACCAAGCCGUUGAUUGGCUCCGCUCGACUUCCCCUUGCGGAGCUCAUCGACGAUGUUGGACUUGGCGAAAGCUCUCAACGAACUCUCCAAUUGAAACGGCCCUCCGGUAGGCCGCAAGGGAAAAUCGAAGUUAAAGUAACUGUCCGAGAACCACGUUACCGAUCAUCCGAUUCUUAUUACACCCCGCCGUAUGGAGUCCCACCGCCAGGUAGCGCUAGGGAUUACUCUGCUCCGCCGCCUCCUUAUGUCGCUCCGUACUCUGCUCCUCCCAAUCCUUACUAUUCGGCGGCUCCGCCGUCCGGAUACCCCUACGGGGGGUAUGGCGCACCGGCGCCACCACCAACAGCGCCUCCAUACGGCCAAUCGAAUUACGGGCAGCCAUCGUACGGUCAGGGAAGUUAUGGACAGCCAGCGUAUGGCGAACAUACGUACUAUGGGCAGCCGGAGGAGAAGAAGAAAAGCAAGUUCGGGAUGGGGACGGGGCUAGCGGUGGGCGCGGCUGCUGGAAUUUUAGGUGGAUUGGCCAUCGGAGAGGGCGUCGAGUAUGUGGAGGACCAGAUCGCCGAGGACGCAGCGCAGAAGGUUGAGGAUGACCUUGGCUACGGCGACGAAGAUUUUUAGAGGAAGAAACACUAAUCGUAUUCGGGUCGGUUCGUGCCUAUUCAGUUCAUGAGUUUCGGGAUGUUCGUUUGGGCCCAAUGGAACAUGAGCUCAUAUAUUCGUUGUAGGCUAUUGUUUGUUGGGCUCGGUGUGGGAUGCGUGUUUAGGCUCACUUAGUUUUUCGCCUAGAAUAAUUUUCAAAAUCACAAAAAAAAUAUGUAUUUAUUUUUAAUAAAUAACAAUUAUUCACUUUU